UUACGCAGGAUGUCGGAACCACCUUUCAGACCACGAGAGAAGCUUGUUGAGAAGCAAAAGUAUUUCCAGAAUAUCCAUAAACAUACGUACUUGAAGGGACCAUAUGAUAAGAUUACAUCUGUUGCAAUCCCAGUUGCUUUGGCAGCAACUUCAUUGUACAUGAUUGGACGAGGGAUCUAUAACAUGUCGCAUGGGAUAGGAAAGAAAGAAUGA